AUGAAAACAACUUACAUGAUUGCGCACUUGUGCUCAGACUUGGCUGCUUAUGCUGUGAUGCAUCUGAUGCUCGAAACUGCUUGGUUUGAUCAGUUUAUCCACCUGCUUGAAGUAGGAGGUGACAGCGGAUGGGUUAAGCCUGAUGGAAGCGAGUUCGAGACUUACAAUGAGUGGGCAGAACAACACAGGUUUCACAUUGGAGAUACUAUCAGAUUCAAGUAUAAAAAUGACUCAGUGCUCCUGGUUGAAAGAGUUGACUAUGAGAAUUGUGAUGUGAGCAACCCAAUCUUGAAAUUCGAUGAUGGGGAUACUGUCUUUGAGUUUGAUCAUUCGGGUUUUGUAUACUUUAUCAGUGGGGAACCAGAUCACUGUCUAGCAGGUCAGAAGAUGAUCAUCCGCGUCAUGGUGCAAGCUGCUGCUCAUCAGCCCACUGCCGCUGCCCCUGCACCCUCGGCUGAGGGACCAACUGGGGGUCGUGAUGGCGGAGACGGGUUCAUUACUGACUCGUGGUGUCCUACCCCUACCAAUGCCAGUGACAUUCUGUCUGUCACAUCUUAUUUUCUGACGCUGUUCAUGGGUGUCAUGAUCGUGCUUUAUCUGUUCAUGGAUUAA